AAUCAAAAACCGUGGAUUGAUGGCAGCCUUGUAGGGAAACGUGCUUAUGAACACGGCAACGUGACCAGGCCAAUAGUAUGGUUAAACAGUACAAAUAUCACCUUUGCAGAUUGAUCAAGAUGGCAAAACACAAGUAUAGGGACAAAGUGGAGGAGCAAUUCAGCGGGUCGCACACGAGGCAUAUGUGGCAGGGGCGGACACCAACGCCGCCCUACCGGAUGAGCUAAACACUGUUUUCUCACGCUUCGAGCACAAUGACCACUAUGAGCGGCCGAGGAAAGCUCCUGAAGAUAACGAGGGCUACGUACUCCAAGGAGGACCUAGU